AUGGCGUCCGGCGAAGAUCCCACGUGUUUGACUUGUGAAGUUUCCGGGGAAGAUGUAAGCUUACAAGAAUUGGACAAGUCCAUCGACGAGCUUAGUAUGGUAGGUAUAUUAAAUUUUAUGAUUGUGAAUUUAUUUAGUGCUAUUCUUCUACUUCAUGAAGAUUUUAACAUAAUUUCACGAUUUAAAGCUAAGGUAUGUAAACAUAAAGCUUAUGAUGUGUAUUUUCUAUAGAUGAACCAGACAGUAAUCUACCAUCAACAAGCACUCCAGUGAAAGCUCGAAGAAGGCUUGCGUGCCAGUUCGAUCGGUCAGCUACAGGCAAUGGCGACAGUAAUGAUGAUGACAAUAGAAGGGGAAAAAAACACGAUUUGACCCCUGGUUCGAAGCAAAACCCAAGUCAGCCAAAGACAAAACGCUUUCUUGUUGGUAAAACAAUUUCAUAAUCACAGUUUCCUCGAUUGUUAGUUCUUCCUUGAUCACUUCAUUCGCACUACUCGAUUGGUUGCUGUUUUCUUUAGCUUACUAUGCUGUAGUUUAAGCUUAACUUUUGUGAAUUGGGAAUUGUUACAUGUAUAAAGCUACUUUUGUUGUUCAUGAAUAAAACCUGUGAGGGCUGUAGAAUGCUAUCUGAUGUCCUUCACAUUGGAAUUGACCAUUUAAUGCAUAUUGGAACAACACAUUAUAACAAACUGAUCUAUUGUAUAUAUGGAAAUGUAAAUUAUAUAUUGUUAUUAUUAUACAUGUAGUAUAAAUGGCCAGGUAUUCUAAACUUGCUCCAAAUACUGUUAAACAUUUAGGUGGUAAGCCAUCUGGCAAGGAAGUUGUGAGGAGAAGGUCCAAACUGGAGGCUGCUUUAACUGCUGGAUUUGUGCAGAAAGAAGGAUUUGAAGUCUCCCGAGAAUCUGUGUUGGCCUAUCCUGAUCUUAAUGAAGACUCGGCUUCAUUACUUACAUGA